UCAGUGUCCCAUUCAGCACUGCCCCCCCUCCACUCUGUGGUCAGUAGAUGUGAGCAGCAUCAUGGCGAUGAUAGAAGCAGGAGGUCGAGGGUGUGGAGUUCACGAGCUCAUCUGUGCCAGACGAGUGUCACCUGAGCUGCUCGGUGUUCUCUCCUCCAUCGCUGUCUUCAUGGCUGUGAUCGCAUUAUUUUUUCUUUACCUCAGCAACAAGCUUUCAGUGGAGCCCUCGGAGAGUCUCGCGUGUUUCGAAGGUUAUACGAAGGAGUUAAAAGACGGAAGCAGUUUAGAGAGAGGUUCGUCAGAGAGCGAAGACGAAACACCCAAGAAGCUGAAAGGUCCGAGCGGACAGCAGCAGAGAGCUAACGGAUGGGAGAACAGGGACAAAUACUCAGCUGAGAACGAGGGCUACAGCAGCGAAGCAUCUGCAGAGCACGGCAGCCACACUCAGAGAGCGAGGCGCUCCAGUCCACUGAACGAGCUGCAGCCGCCACCCUAUAAGGCUCAGGAUGACCUGCAGGAGGGUCACUCUGAGGGCAGUGAGGGCAGCGAGGCGGAGGAGGACACAGAGAGCUACCUUAACAAGGGCUACGAGGAGGACGCCCCCAGUGAGAGCACGGCCGUGCUGGGCCCGGAGGACCCCUCCAUCGCCCCCCUGCCGGAGCUGUACGAGCCUGAGGUUUUGGGGAAGUACGGCACGCUGGACGUUGCGUUUGAAUAUGACUCGAGCACGCAGCACCUGGCCGUGACCGUAACGGCAGCCACGGACAUCCCGGCCCUGAAGACCACAGGGAACAUUUCUUGGCAGGUCCACCUGGUGCUGCUGCCCACCAAGAAGCAGCGAGCGAAGACCGGCGUGCAGAAGGGACCCUGCCCGGUCUUCACCGAGACAUUCCGCUUCUCCCCGGUGGAGCGGGAUGCACUGGAGGAGUACGCUGUGCGGUUCCGCCUCUACAGCGUCCGCCACAGGAAGAAGGAGAAGGUUCUGGGGGAGAAAGUGUUCUACCUGACCAAACUCAACCUGCAGGGCAAAACUGCCCUGCCCGUCACGCUGGAGCCCGGAUCUGCAGUCCCCGGCUGCGGGUCAUUAGUGAGCGUGUCCCGCAGUGUGGGCGCUCUGUCCUACCACUCCACCGGAGAGUCGUCCACUCCGGAGCUGCUCCUCGGCCUGCUGUACAACUCCAGCACCGGCCGACUCUCCGCUGAGGUCAUCAAGGGCAGCCACUUUAAAAACUCCGCCACUGACCAGCCACCCAACGGCCUGUUCUGCUGUAUAAAGCGCUUCAUUGGGGGGCAGUUAUAUAUCAUGCGAGACACGUAUGUGAAGCUGAUCAUGCUGGACUCGAAGGGGAAAGAGAUGUCCAAGUGUAAGACAUCCGUUUGUCGCGGCCAGCCAAACCCCACCUACAAGGAGACCUUCGUGUUCCAGGUGGCGCUGUUCCAGCUGUCGGAGGUGACGCUGCAGGUGACGGUCUACAGCCGACGCAGCAGCAUGAGGCGGAGGGAGCGGGUUGGCUGGGUUUCACUGGGCCUCAACAGCACCACCGAGGAACAGGAGGAGCAUUGGACACAGAUGAAGGAGGCUGAGGGCCAGCAGGUGUGCCAGUGGCAUACGCUCCUGGACUCAUAAAUUGGCAGUGGACCUGAGAAAGUGGACUGUGGAGGUGAGGGGAGUCGCAUCGUUAUUGGUUUUGGUGUGAGAAGACACUGUCAGAAAACUGCUAAAGCUAGCCCCUGGGUUUGUGAGAGGAGAAGAUGCUGUUUAUCUAGGAUUUUUGUGGGAGAAGACGUAAAACUGAAAGAAGACUGAAAACUGCUAAUGCCGGCUGCUAGGUUUUGGUGGGUGAAGACAAACACAUUGGAAAACUUGGAAACUAACCUAGAUUUUGUUGGGAGAACACAAAAAUGUUGGGUAAGCUGGCUGUAAAUCCAGGAUUUUGGUGGAAAAGGACAUAAAAAUGUUGGAAAACCGCUAAAUUUUAGUUGUUUUUAAGUUUUGGUGGAAGCUAAUCCAGUUAUCUGCUAAUCCAGGUUUUUGAUGGGAGAAAAGACAAAAAUGUUGGAAAACUGAUGAAGCUAACUGCUAAUGCAGUUAGCUAGUAAAUGCUAAGUUAAUUAAGAGAAGUUCUGGCAUAGUCAGCUGUUCUGGGUGAUGUUCCUGCUGGGCUCUACAUGAACUAAGACAUUUAAGGACUGGUGUGGAGUUGAAGAUGUUCUUGGAAGAACACCUCAUUGUCAUGAUGACUAUGCAUCUGAACUAACCUUUAAACAGAGAACCUGCCACUGAGUUUCAUCAUUUCCUGAAGAGACUGUUAGACUGUUCAGAUCUUUCUGAGCCUCGAAAAGUGAAGGAACCUGAUUUUCAGGUUUGAUUCCUCAUUUGCACUGCAUGAAAUUAACUGCCAUUAUAAACAGAUCUAAUCAUUGUGUAGGACCAACAAGCAUGAUCCCUCCUGUGACUUCCUCGUUCCUCUGAAGGGGAGAUGUUCACUGUUCACUAUACCAGCACUGCAGCUGAAUGUACAGGUGAAGUAAAUGCUGUAUACUAAUAUAUGGGGCUAUCAACUGUAUAAACAGAAUCCAGUAUGCAACUUCAUGAGCGUAAUCAUGAAACACCUCUCCAGCGUUUUCCUCCUGCACUGAAUCAGGCCAGACUAUGCAAAAGGAAGAGUGAAGUAACUCAGCGUGAGCUGGUUUGAGGAAAUGAUGAGUGGUUUGUCUUUUGCAGAAGUGGAUUUUACUCUCUAACAACCACAAAUGUUUUCUAAAAUUAAAGUUUGCAUU